AUGUCUUCUUCAUCUGAAAUUGUGUUUCCCGCCUCUACUGAAAACCCUAACAGCAGCAAAUGGCGAUUCACAUGGGAAGCUCAAUCUCACACUUCAACUCUCCGAUUAAUCCUUUUCAAUUCAAAUAUCAAAUCUUGUACCGAAAUCACUGUCAAUUUAUCUGUGGAGAAAUCUCUGCUCACUGUCUGUUUCGUCGAAGGGGAUUCAGUUCGGGUACCAGUUCCUCGGGUUUUAAUUGACCCGGAAGCUCCGGUUCAUUGCAGAGUAUUUGAUGAUCAUGUUGAAGUUAAGCUUUCUCUUCUUCUUCCUGUUGAUCAUCCGCUCAUUUCAGGAUUGGAUUUAUCGGAACCGGAGGAGGAAAAACCGGACUCAGAUACUUUCUUUCCGUUCUCGGUGAAUUAUGAAAUAAAGAAAUUAUCUGCUAUGGAGGAAGUUCAUUUUUACUGCAGAAGUUGCUCAACUAAGUUAACCAAGGGUAUCAGAUUAUUUAAUGAGAUGCCAUCAGUCGACUGGCAAGAUGUUGCAGACAAUUGGUUUGGGACAUGUUGUUGCUCGUUUGGUGGUAUAAGUGAACAGCUAGUCAUGCAAUUUGCAAAGUCAUAUUCUUGUACAACUGGUGUUUGCCUUAUAACUGGCGCAUCUGUUAUCAUAUGCAAAGAGGACCUCGUCGGCUGUGAAUUUCCUGAGUUGAAAGGGGACCAAACUUAUGAUUCUCAGGUGAAUUCAGCCAAGGUGACUUCUUUAAGACCUUGUCCUGAGGAAGAAAAUAAUGGGGUGAAACCAAACAAUGAAGUUGUUAAAAUGAUGAUUGAUGGUGAUAGUUCAACAUGCAUACCUUCAAAGUUGAAGGAUGAAGACAAAAUGAAGUCAUUGGCUGGAAUUUCUUCCGAGGCAAACUGUGACACUAAAAGCCAUAAUACUGGCUGUUGUACUAAUAAUCUUAGUGAGAGCUUUUCAAAGGAGAAAGAAUAUGAACUGAAUACUGAACUCUUAGAUAAGCAGAAAAUAUUUCUUAAAGGCUGCCUUGGGGAUGCUUUUAUGUUGAGACAUUCCAAUCUUUCCAAAGACGUCAAGUGGAUUGAAUUUCUCUGUCCAAAAUGUUCAUCUCUUAUUGGAGCAUAUCCUUGCUCCAGUGAUAAAGCACCAUUAGAUGAUGGAGUUCGACUAUACAAAUUUAACAUAUCUACUUGUUUGCCUGUUCGUGGAUUGAAUGAUCUAUUUAGGGAGUAUACUUUGGAAAGGAUGUUUUCACGUCAAUUGCUUGAAGCUGCACAAGACGAACUAACAUUUCGGACCGUUGUCAGAGAUAUACACACCAAACGUGCACUUUCACAAAUUGUUCUCCUUAACCCAAAUGCAUGGUGCUACAGUGGGUAUUGCAUGCAUAACAUGGAACCAGUAACCAAGAUUAAUAUGUACCCCGUUGUCAAGCUAUUGUUCUCUGCAAACAUCAAUGACACGGAACUUGAACCCAGGAACGUAGAAGAAUGGGUGGCCAAAAACCAAGCUGAUGAAGUUUUCAUGUUGCCAUCUCAAGUGAAGGAACUAAUUACAAAUUUGGAGAUGGCAAAUACUAUGUUGCCACCUUCACAUAUGCUGUUACAGGGUUUCUCUAUGUCAUCCUUGAAGAGAUAAAGGGUUAGUCGUUUCAAUCUCACUCGAAAGAUCCUUGUGUUCACUCAUUCAAAAUUAUUGAGGAUCAACAUUCAUCAUAUGUACAGUACACAUUCUAACAUGUUUACAAGCAUGUUGAUAUCACUAGUUGAACAUGUUAACGUUCUAGCAUGACAAAUUGAGAUGUGAAUGUAUAUUAAUUAACCAUGGUUUUAAGUCAUCGCAGUGUAUGCAUAAACGUAUGAUACAUACACUAAAGUGGUGUACACACCAUGUGAGUUUUUCUUUUUUCAUUGUAGCAAUGGCGACAAGUUGCUAUUAUUGGAUUCUCUUAGCAAAGUUUUUUGUUCCUGAAAUAACAGUAAAGCCCUUUUACAAGUCAAA